CCUGUAACGUAACAAUGGGAAAGUAUCAUCUGUGUUAUAUUUUCCUUUUACUAGUGACAUUUUGCCAUGCGAAGCAAAUUUAUGAACAAAACGACAAUACCGAACUGUACAAAUGCGUUACUACGAUAAUAAGGCGAAUUGAACUGGAAAAUGUAACUGAUGUAACUUUAGUCAAUGUGGACGCGGAGCUGGUUAAGGCGCUGCAGUCCCUGCCGCGCCCCGCGAGGUUCGUCUCCAGAACAUUCUACUGGCCGGACGACACUGUGUUCAACGACGUCUAUGUCAUUCAGUGCGAGGAUAUUUUCGUGUUCGCACAGGGACUGGACUUAGUCAGACGAGACCCUUUUUGGAAUCCGCGAGCGAAAUUCAUAAUUAUCAUCGAUAAUCUGGAAGGUAACCUUCAAGAGGCAUCAGAUUUUCUUAUACAUAAUCAUAUUUACAACGUCGCUCUUGUUGCUUACUCCGAAGAUCGAAAUGUAUCGAUUUAUUCAUUUGGUCAUCAACGUGACGAAUGUGACAGACCUACAAUAAAGAUGCUAGAACUACUAACUCCUUUUGCGGAAAUUCACAAUAUAGACAUCAACAAAAUAUUUACGUCGGACAAAAAACCUGAACUCCGAGGCUGCCAUGUUAAAUUUGUGUCGCACAACUAUUGGCCUUUCGUGUCAUUUGAAGGAAAGUUUGCUAUUGACAAUUAUUUGUUAGCAAUAUUUCGUCUGUACGAAGGUAUCACAGUCGAACUUGUAAAUUUUGGAAUAAGUGAAAAUCUCGGAGAACGCUUGAGUAACUUUACUUACACGGGCAUGUUGCACGAGAUAGAAACAUACCACGUGGAAGGAGCCAUAGGUGGUUACUCGCUAACUUUUGGUCGAAUGUCAAACUUGGAUUUCAUCGACCCUUACAUGGUUAAUCGUUACAAAAUUGUAAUACCUCGAACAAAACUGCUCAGUAUGUGGUCGGGUGUUCGAAAACAUUUCGGAGUACGAGCGUCAUGGACCAUGAUUGCUAUUUUCUGCAUCAUUUGUGUAUUAGUUAUUUUCAUGGGAAUGUUUAAGAAACAAGUGAGAGAUACGAGUCGCGAUAUCCUCAUCGUCUGGGGUUAUUUUCUCAACAACGUAAGCCAGGAGACAGUUAAAUCGAGAGUAUCUUAUAGAAUACUACUACUAAAUAUACUUCUGUACGUAUUUGUAAUCUCAAGCGCUAUUCAAGCAGCCCUGCUGAGCUGUACAACGCAUCCCAUUCGAGGUUAUCAGCCCAACACCGUCGAAGAAGUCUUAUCAGACUACCAAUUUAUCAUCAGCCCCUCUAUGUACACUCAUUUACAAAUAAAUCCAAUUAUAGACUUAUCGAACGUCAAGACAACCUGCAAUGCGACUUUAGACUGCAUGAUGGAGGUUAUGAUGAAUGCCGAUGAGCGUCUGUUUACUAUAGUAUCGGACGUUUAUCACAGGAGUAACAUUUGGAAGUUCACCGGCGCGUACGGCGAGCUGAAGAUCCAUACUAUAAGGGAACCGCUUGGAACGCUUUUACAUACUAUGUAUCUUCGACGAGGGUCGCCUAUAACGGCACCCCUCAACAGACUGCUGCGAAGGGAUGCGUGGGCGUGCGCGUUGUAA